GCCAGCACUCGUCGUGUGCGCGCUCUCCUUCUCUCUCUUUCUCGCACUCGGAAGAGGUGGGGCACAGCGGGUAACGGCGGCUUGACAAAAGCAAGCGCACCUAUUGGUUUCCCCAAAAGAACACGUCAAUAUAACAUUUGGAGUUGGAAUGCGAGCUAAAGUGGAACAAAGCGACGCAUGCGCGUACGGCGAAUUAACCGCAUGUAACGUAACCUCAGUCGCACCAAGAAAAAAGAUACAAAGAUGUAACAAUGAAUAAGGAAUCGCACAAGUGUUUGAUAAAUUUCUACUCGAAAUUAGAGUCGACAGACACCAAGUGGAAGGAAAUACAGGCGAGUACCAAUAAUGUGCUGAAAGUUUUGAAACAUCGAAUCGAACAACUGCGGCAUGUCAGAAGUUCGGAAGUCGAUAAUGCAGAACUCUGUAAAGUGGAGGAAUUGCGCGAACGACUCGUCGCCAAGAUUCUUGCGGGAAUCGAGGACGAGGUUGCUCUUGUCCACGAGGCUAUCGCUAAGUUGAAUAAUUAUAGUCAGGAUUUGAAGCAACGCUUGGCGAAUCUCGAAACAACCCUAAAUGGCUCGUCUCUGAGCGACGAGCGUAUGAAGGAGCUGGUCGAGGGAACUGGUCGCAGGCCGAGAUUGGAUUUACUAAUCGAAUGGGCGAUCGACGCCUGCGAUUUUUAUCACAACUUAUAUCUCAGUCUGAAAGCAUCGUUGAAGGAUUUGGACUACAGUGACGAAGGUUGUGUAGACAAGUUGUCCGCAUCGUUGGUGGAGCCGCAGCUUGCUCGGGAAAAAAUCGAUUAUAUACUCACUCUAACGCAGUUCCUCGCCAGCGAGACUCCUUAGCUUUGUCUUCUUUUUUUAUUGUUGUUGUUUACAAAUAAACGAUAUUUUUGCACAAGGCUAGCACCGCCUCGUUGGUUAC